UCAAAUCGGAAGAUAUGCUUGAAUAAACCAUUUCAUGAGGCGACAUGGAAGUCGUGUCUGGUAUUCUAACUCCGCCCACCAUAAGACGUAAUAUUCAAUUUAGAUAUCACAUGUGUUGCACUAGAUUUUUGUUUAAACAUUACUGAAUCUCAGUUGCAAUGGGUUGAUCGAUCCUUUGAGUGUCAAUUAUUAUUGGUGUUAAUAUUACUGGACUUAACUAAUAGUGCACGGUUUGAAUAACAAACUUCAUGUGACAAAAUUGAUAUUUUUUAAACUUGUGAUAUUAGAGUACUCUGUAUUCUCUUUGUAUAUGUUCAUGUGAUCAUUUGAUUUCUGACAUAAGUUGAUGAAAAGCGUUCCCAAUACAGACUUUCUCGGGUAUUAUGAAGGGAAUGCCAGACCAGACUCUAGGGGACAUGGAGACAGUUUUAGGAGAUCUGAUGUCUGGACGGAAGUCUCCUCUCAAAGUGCAUGGUCAUCGGCACAACCUAAAGAACAGAUUUGAAUUGAAGAAGACUCUUGGAGAAGGCACAUAUGGCAAAGUUAAACUUGCUGUUGAAAAGACAACCGGACAGCAGAUGGCCAUAAAAUACAUCAAGAAGUCGAAGAUUCGAGAUGAACACGACCUUGAUCGAAUCCGAAGGGAAAUCAAAAUCAUGUCCACCCUUCAACAUCAGAACAUUGUCAAUGUCAAAGAAGUGUUUGAGAAUAAGGACAAGAUAAUCCUUGUGAUGGAGUGUGCAGACGGCGGGGAGCUAUAUGACUACAUCAAUGACCACACCCUCACCGAGCGGGAUGCCCGCACCAUCUUCCGCAACAUCGUCUCUGCCAUCAAGUACUGCCAUCAGAGCGGCAUUGCUCAUCGAGACUUGAAGCUUGAAAAUAUAUUACUUGACCGCAACAAUAAUGCAAAGAUAGCAGAUUUUGGGUUGUCAAACUACUUUACGGGACAGGAUUUCCUGAAAACUUACUGCGGGAGUCCCCUGUAUGCCUCCCCGGAGAUUGUCAACGGCCAGCCGUAUUACGGACCGGAGGUUGACUGUUGGAGCCUGGGUGUUGUUCUUUAUACGCUUGUCUACGGGACGAUGCCGUUUGACGGCACCAACUUCAAGCGUCUACGCACACAGAUUACCACUGGCGACUACUACGAGCCAGACAAACCCUCAGAGGCUGCUGGCCUUAUUCGUCACCUGUUGACAGUUAACCCAGCUAAGCGGGCGACCAUCGAGGACAUCUGCGCCCACUGGUGGGUGAACCUGGGCUACAGUGUGAUGCCCGACAAUGAGCCCUAUAUCCCGCCAACUGUCCUCCAGCCUGUACCCAGCUGCCAGAACCAGACAAUCUCCUCAUCAUCAUCCGAGAGCGAUGAUGGGGAACCGGAAAGUGUUAAUAAGUCCAAGGUUGUUAAGCCACUUAAGGGUAUCCUCAAAAAGCCAAAAAUGACCAAUGAGGAGAAGUUAGCAAACUUGUUUUCCAGCCAUAAUAGUUCUAGUGACAACAAACAGUGCAAUACAAUGAAACCCAUGUCUGACAUUGAAUGCAGUGAGAAGGAAAACCCUCAGAACUGCAUUAAUAUGGGAGAGGACUCUGUAUUUACUGAGACCGAACAGGUGCUCCCAACUUCAGUGCCAGUAUGUGAUAGCCCAUUGCACAGUCGGGCACAGUCUUCUACAGAACUUGAAGCCCCUAGUGAUCAGGAGGAUCAGUCAGCCAUCUCCCACAGUUUAAGUGCUAUGAAAGAUGUUCCGUUUAACUCCCAGCUGUUGCCAAAAAGAGGAAUUCUAAAAAGGAAGGGUAAAUUCAGUGCUGGUGACAGCGGUUGUGAUAUAGAUGACUCUCUUCGUAAGGACAGCGCAAGCUUGUCUGUCCGUCCCAUGGAUCUCAGUGAGGCAGAUUCUGCUCUCGACUCACCAGACAAUGUGAAAUCUAUUGGUGCACACCUUAGUGCCAGCAAGGGCACUGCCAUUCCUACAUCUGGUGCUUUCAGUUUUCCAGCUGAUGAAUCUCAGGCUAACAGCACUUUGGUAGCUACUCCUGAUGGUAUAACCAGUGUGGUUGUCCGCAGGAGAAAGGGUAUCUUAAAAAACGCAUACAGGGACCCAGAUAAGCGCCUCAGUGCCUGCAGCAUAGGAUCAAAUUCAUCUGCAGACUUUUUGGACUUCUCAUAUGAUAGCAGUGAAGAAACAAUGACUGCUAAGUUUUGCAAGAAUUCUACGCAGAGAGACCUCCGUGACAUUUGUAUGGAAGUUCGAGAACUUAAUUCUGAUCUCUUUAAUCAUGCUGAGGCUAAAGAUGUUUGUAAGAAAGCUUUAGAUUUGUGCAAAGAUUUUUAAUUGUAUGAACAUUGCUCUCUAGUCAUUGUCAGAUCAAGUGAUGCAUGCCAUGCCAUGAUUGUUUUUUGUGAAUUCCAAAAAGAAUAUUAUAGUGUAACGUGUUCACUGAGAAGUUUACAUGUAAUCUGAAAUGCAAAUGAUAAUAUGUGCCUAUAUUUUUUUUAUUUAUUUUUUGUAUUUUCCAAGUAAAUUUAUAUACAUUGAUUCUUUGCAAUACUAUGGCAUUUGAUCGCUAUUGUUGAAAUUUGAUCUGUAUGAAAGAAUUCAUAGUUUUGUAAUGAGCAUGGAAUUACAAGUGAAAUUGGAGUUAAAGAGUUUAAACAAAGGCCAUUAAGACUCCUGGUAUCCACUUACUAGUUAUGCAUUAGUGAUUGACUUUGGCAGACAAAUUAACUUACUGUAUACUUCACAAAAAUGUUAGCCAUUUUUAAACAAAAGAAUGCCAUUAAUAAUUUGUUUACAUACAGCUAAACAAGUAAUUAAAGAUUUAUAGCACAAGCUUUCAAGAGACGAAUAUACAAUGCUUCUGAUGUUUAUUAUGCACAGAUAUUUUUUUCUCACACUUGGAAACAGACGGUCCAAUUUAUUAAUUAGUCCUACCGUCUAACCACAGAUGUAGUUUAAAUGGCUUUUGUUUAAAAAUGUCUGGCCCGCAAGAUAUGAUCUUUGUUGAUUCAGUUUAAUUGAAAAGAUUGACUCAAACCUGUGUGAAAUACCUCUGCAAUAUGAGGCCUCAUUUACUAAAGUUGUGAUUAAUUGUUGCCUUGUUAGAUUGAAAAUGGGUACUCAAAUCUAUAAACAGAUCAAAAUGCUGUUACUUGAUAAGGAACAAGGAGUAUACUAUUUCAAUUUUUAUAAAUAUCAGAUUGUUGGUUUUUUUCUCUGAAUGAAAAUACUAUACUCAUGAUGCAUUCCUUGCUAAUUUAGAUUUAAAACUGCAUUUAAAACUCAUCCAUCAUUUCUAGAUUUCUGUAUUUUACAUUGAGACUUUUUCUUUUAUCUGACAUGAUAGAUUGAUGGACUGCAAAUGCCUACUACAACCUGCCUCACAUUCUUACCAAAUAAAAUUAUGAUUUACUUGAGCUUGUAUUCGUACAAAGGGGGACCUUCAGUCAGGUGACACAAUCAUUGGUUAAAUUUAAAUCUUUUAAACAGUAGUUAUAUUUGAUAUUGCUUUGAUAUAAUAGCAAUAGCACGGUGAUUUCCCAGAGUUGAGUCACUGCAUUGUUUCAAUAUGAUAUCAUCCCUCUAUUUUUAUAUUCAAUUAUGUCUAUAUUGUGAUGAGCUGUGAGAAUCAAUAGGAAAAGGCUUAGAAAACACUUCAUUUACAAUACUGCAUGAUACACUUUAUAUUGUUAUUGUUCUCAUUCAUGAGCAGGUUCUUUUUAAGACCAGUGUUAUAAUACAGAGAGACAUGAGUUUUCCUGCAGAAUGUUUUCCUCGUAUAAACAUGCCCUUGUGUGUAUUGUCAUUCAUGUUAUAUUUCCUGAACAAAGAUGAUGCAAUGGGAUUUAUAAAUCAGUUGUCAAAUUAAUGUGAUUUGUGAUGAACAUGUACCUUCCAUUAAUUGUUCAAUUUAAAUUUAAUGUUAUUUAUUGUGAGCUAGAAGAGCACUUACUGAAUAAAACAUGAAACUAA